CCUUCUCGGCCGCCGUAGUUCGCCUUUCACGUGGGAGGUCCGGCGUCAUGGCCGCCAAGCGGAAACCUGUCCUGCUGGGGCUGCGAGAUGCUGCAGUGCAGGGCCGCCCCGCUGGACCAAGCGCCUGGACUGCCAGCAAGCUAGGCGGCCUCCCGGACGCCCCGCCCGGGGUUGCAGCGCCCAGGCCGGUGUGUGAAGGCUGUGGACAGCCGCUCGCCAUGGUCGUGCAGGUGUACUGCCCGCUCGAAGGCUCCCCGUUUCAUCGGCUACUGCACGUGUUCGCUUGCCCUCGUCCGGGGUGUGACAGCGGGAAGAGCAGCUGGAAGGUGUUACGCUGCCAGUUCCUGCAGAUGCCAGAGAAUGAGGCGCAGGACACUAAGAAACAGGAAAAUGGCCUGGCAGCUAAAGAUUGGUGUGAAGGUGCAGAUGACUGGGGAAGUGACAGUGAGGAGACACCAUCACCACAGCUCACUUUGAAUUUAGGAAGCGAUUCAAAUAGUGCCAGAGACAGAGACUGGACUGCCCAACUCCAGAACCUUCGUCUUCAGGAUACUGUCCAGGUUGCUGCUGCCCCUGUGCCUCCGGGGCAGAGGGUGGCCUUACCUUCUGUGGUGCCACAGUUCUUGCCCUACUACAUCGGUGUGGUAGAGGAGGAUGACUACCAGGACUUUGUCAGUUUAGAUCAUGCCCAUAGUCUUCUUCGGGAAUAUCAGCAAAAAGAAGGAGUUGAUAUGGACGAGUUGCUUUCCCAAAGUCUUUCUAGUGAUGGAGGUGAAAAAUAUGAGAAGACUAAAAUUAAAAGUGGAGAUAAGACAUUUUAUAAAUUCAUGAAGAGAAUUGCUGCUUGCCAGGAGCAGAUUUUGAGGUAUUCCUGGAGUGGAGAACCACUUUUUCUGACCUGUCCUACAUCAAAUGCCACUGAUCUUCCAGCCUGUAGCUACUGUGGAGGCCAUAGAACGUUUGAGUUUCAGCUUAUGCCAGCACUGGUCAGCAUGUUAAGAAGUGGUAACUUAGGUCUUUCGGUGGAAUUUGGAACAGUUCUAAUUUACACAUGUGAGAAGAGUUGCUGGCCUCAAAACCAUCAAACUCCCAUAGAAGAAUUUUGUAUUCUCCAAGAAGACCCAGAUGAAUCAUUAUUUAAGUAGUGCUUUUCCUUCUAUUUAUACAAAUUAUAGCAAAUUUUAAUGUC